AUGAGCAUAGUGUCAUUGCUGGACACGCACGACGGCUCCACCAUGGAUGCCUGGACAGCGCCCAGCCGCCCGGCGCUGUCUCUGUUCCGAAAAUGGAGACCCCAAAGUGGCGAGUCUCUACCCCCCUGCUGUCCACCGCCUGCAAAACCGUCGGCCAGCCUCCUCUUUAUUCCUGCGCACGGAUAUCCCUCCAUCAUACAGAAAGAAAUGCCAGCUGUGCACGGGCGGUCGAGGCAGGGGCCCCGGGGCCCACCUUGUGCAAACGGCAGGCCUGGCGAAGUGCACUCCCUUCGCCAGCUGAGGCUCACGUCCAGCCUGGAGGAUCGCAUGAAGCGCCUGGAGAUCGGUAGCUCUGGUGGUCGCUGGGGAGCGUCCUGCACCGCUGGAAAAGCGGUCGACGGGCGGGCCAGAGAAAUGGAAACGGGCUGGGAUGGGAGUGGCGUUGCAUGUGAUAGCUUGCAG